AUGUUGAGGGUUGGGUUACGGCGUCUUGCAUCUCUCUCCUCCCCGUCGUUGAGGCCCAACCAUGCUGUCUCUGCGAUCGGGAUGCAGAAUCCCCUUCACCGGGUUUCUGGGGAUUCAUCGUCUUUCGCCGACGAGCUUCAGGCCGACCGGUUUGCAAGCUCUUACUUUCCCUUCCAUGUUCCUCACAGAGGUUUUGCUUCUGGACCACUUGCCUCAGUAGACGAGGAAGGCAUGGCUCCUGGUUACUUAGCAACUGUGCAUGCUCUGAAGAAUCCCUCACCUAAGAUAGUCUAUGAUGAGUACAACCAUGAGCGCCUGCCACCUGGUGACCCUAGCAAACGAGCUUUCGCUUACUUUGUCCUCUCUGGCGGCCGAUUUGUUUAUGCUUCCCUCAUCCGUCUCCUCGUCCUGAAAUUCGUCCUCAGUAUGUCAGCCAGUAAGGAUGUUCUGGCCCUUGCCUCUCUGGAAGUUGACCUCUCAAGCAUCGAACCGGGGACUACUGUGACUGUGAAGUGGCGUGGGAAGCCAGUUUUCAUCAGGAGGCGAACGGAAGAUGAUAUCAAAUUGGCAAACAGUGUCGAGCUGGCAUCUCUCCGAGACCCACAGCCGGACGAGGCCAGGGUGAAGAACCCAGAAUGGCUGAUUGUUAUUGGGGUGUGCACGCAUUUGGGCUGCAUCCCUUUGCCUAAUGCUGGUGAUUUUGGGGGAUGGUUUUGCCCGUGCCAUGGAUCUCACUACGACAUCUCUGGUAGGAUUCGUAAGGGCCCAGCACCUUACAACUUGGAGGUGCCUACCUAUUCCUUUUUGGAAGACAAUAAGUUGCUGAUUGGCUGA